CUUAAAAAUCUUCAAAAAGGUACAUCGAAGAAAGAUCUUAUAACAUCUCUAUCUGUAGUAAAAGAAGAAACUAUUGCACGUUUAAUAGCUAAUGAAUGUAAACUUGAAUGUGAAAAGGACACAGAACUAAUUUCAAAUCCUUUAAUAAGACAUAUAGCCCCACAUUUACAAGCAGUAACAGCUAGCGAAUUGGUUCAUCUUUUAAAAGCAGAUAUUCUUCAAACUGUAACAGAAUCUGAACAGGAAGAGGAGAUUACAGCAGACACAUUAAUAAAUAAACCGAUUGAAAAUUAUUGUUUAAAAGAAUAGAAGAAAAAAAAAAGAUGCCAGUCCAAGCAUUAUCAGGAAAUGUAUUUCUUUUGGUAACUGGUGCAAGUCGUGGAAUAGGAAGACAAAUUGCAAUUACAUUUGGUUCACUAUUAGGAGGAAAUUCACAUGUUUUGUUACUAGCAACAAACUUAAAUGCCUUAAAAGAAACUGCUAAGAAUAUUUCUUCCAAUGUAUCUGUAGAUACUGUUAGCAUUGAUUUGAGUAAUGCAACAAAAGGUGAAUUACAUGAUGUUAUAAUGCAGUCUUUAAAGAAUAAGACUGUAACACAAUUUGAUCAAGUAGUUGUAGUACAUAAUGUUGGUACCAUGGGAGAUCUCACUAAAAAGACAAAUGAUAUGACUGACAUAAAUAUUUGGCACAGUUAUUAUGAUUUAAAUGUUUUUGUUCCUGCUAUAUUAAAUGGAGUUGUUAUGCAAAUAUUUAAUGAAACUACAAAUACCAAAAAGACAGUUAUAAAUAUUUCUUCAUUACUUGGUUUAAAACCAACAAAGUCAACAGGUUAUUAUUGUACUGGAAAAGCAGCACGUGAAAUGUUUUUCAAAGUAUUUGCAGUAGAAAAUCCAGAAGUAGAUGUAUUGAAUUAUUCACCGGGUCCAGUUGAAACUGAUAUGUAUCAUCAAGUUUGUAACGAAGUUAGUGAUAAAGAAGUAAAAUCACAUUUUAAUGAUCUAUUAACAAAAAGAACCGUUUUAACUUGCGAGCAAACUGUUAAUCGGCUCUUGAAAGUUCUUGAAAGUCACAAAUACGAAUCUGGUGAUCAUGUUGAUUAUUAUGAUGAUUUGUAAUAUUGUAAUAAAAUAUUUAAGAAUUAA